AGAAACGACGCCAUAUUGCAUCAUAAGUGCAGUGCCUUUAAAGCUGUUGACGAGCAAUUGUACCUUCGUUUAACUGUUCCUCUUGUAUUUUUUGUAGUACUUUAUAAAGUUAAAUACUCAAAACAAUGUCAGAAGAAGACGAUGAAGGGCUUCAAGUUAUAUUAAACGAAGAGGUCGAGGCAAAGGCGCCUUCCUGUCCUCAUGGUCCAACAUUGCUUUUUGUGAAAUACAAUAAAAAAGAAGGUGCACAUAGGAGAUUUUACGCAUGCUCAGCAUGCAGGGACAGAAAAGACUGCAAUUUUUUCCAGUGGGAAGAUGAAAAGGUAUCGGAACUAAGGCUUUUGGCAAGAGAGCAAAACAACAAAAGAAAGCAGCCACCAUUCAGUCAUACAGAAUAUUACACAAGGUACAGACACUUCAUUUCACUUCCGUUAAUUCACAGAAGAUUUUGCCAGGACUGCCAGUUACUGUUACUUCCUGGUGACUGGGAUGAGCACAGUUCACACAGUGUGCUCUGUGAUAUUUCUGUGGGACAACUGAGAAGACCAAGUCAAUUGCUUCACCCACUUGAGAAUAAAAAGACAAAUGCCCAGUAUUUAUUUGCAGAAAGGAGCUGCAUGUUCUUAUUAGACUUGUUUGAAUCACUUGGUCUUAACAAGAUCCUAUGUGUUGGAACUCCACGACUUCAUGAAUUAAUUAAGAUAAGGAAUUCAGAAGGGCAUCAUCAAGUCAUGAAAAGUUUGCUGAUGGACAUUGAUUUCAGGUAUUGCCAGUUCAAUUCUGAAGAUGAAUUUUGCCACUACAACAUGUUUAACAAUUAUUUUUUUGACGCAGAGCAAGGCUAUAUAACAUGUAGGAAAUUUCUUCUGGAAGUAAUUGGAGAACAGGUUGUCUUAGUGUCUGAUCCACCUUUUGGAGGCCUUGUCAAACCACUGGCCCACAGUUUUAACAAAAUUUCUACAAUUUGGAAAGCACAGCAGCAACCAGAGAGCAGUGUACAAGAGAUGCCCAUAUUUUGGAUCUUUCCAUAUUUUUUUGAAUCACGUAUCAAGGAAUGUUUUCCAACAUUUUCUAUGUUGGACUACCAGGUAGACUAUGAAAACCAUGCUCUUUAUAAACAUGGCAAGAAAGGCCGCAGACAGUCUCCAGUCAGAAUAUUUACUAAUCUGUCUCCCAGAGACAUUAUCCUUCCUUCAGAUGAGGGCUACCGGUUUUGCUCUCAGUGCCAGAGAUAUGUUUCUUCUGAAAAUAAACAUUGUGACAUUUGUGAUGCCUGCCCAUCUAAGGAUGGGAGACAGUGGAAGCACUGCCUACAGUGUAACAAAUGUGUGAAACCAACCUGGGUUCAUUGUUUGUCCUGCAAUCGUUGUGCAUUGAAAGAUCAUUGCUGUAGUAAGCCUUCUUCUGGCUGCUUUAUUUGUGGAGAUGAAGAACACAAACGUAGUAUCUGUCCCAGAAAAUAUUCCAGUGAAAAUUUCAAACAACAAAAGGCAAAACAGAAAAAUGGAUCACCUAGAAAAAAAAAGAAAAUGUCAAAUCAAACAGUGCUAAUGAGAGCCACAACCCAAACUGUGAAGAAAAAGAAAAGAAAAGAAGCACGGCUAAAGAAAAAAAUGACAGUCUAAGUGUUCUUUA